GUGUUGAAUGAUAAAGACGGCGAGCUAUCCACCCACGGUAUCGGUCCGGUAAAGCCGGCAACACCGCCUCGCUAUAACCGAUAUUGUGGCCGCAUGGAAUGGAGGAGAGUAAGCUCGGGUCAACUUCCCCUGAGCCCCUCCAGUGCUGACUACGUGCCGUUGUUUCUCCCACAGGCAAGUUAGACAGUUGAACGCCGCGUGUUGUAGGAGCAACAUUUAGCACGGACGCGCAGAGUACGCUUCUCGAUUAGUGUGCGAAUUUUUAAAAAGACAAAUUAUGUUUAUGUCAAGUGUUUAAUAUACUGUCUACAUUUAUGUUUGGGAUCAAAUGCUGGGAUACACUUCCUAUAGGGACUGGUCGCCAGCGGGCGCCACGGCCCAACAGCAACUGUCUGUCGUGACGACGGUGUGGGGAGUCACCACGUCCAGUCAAUCAGGCCCCCAUAGUGCUUACGCUAAUACUUCAGCACCUCCGGCAGGAUCGCAAGGAUAUGUAAACACCCUUAAGCAAUCUCAACAAAAUAGUUAUCAAGGCGGCUACAGACAAACGGGGCCCAGUGUCGGAAAUUAUGGAGCGGGCGGGGGAAUGAAUGGUUCUGAAGGAAGCUACGGAGGCGGCAACGCGCUGUCAACAGCUGCUAUGGUGGCAGCGGCGACGGCAACGGCUACCGCCACCGCUAGUGUGGUGGCUCUACAGGACAAUUCCCAAUUCGGCAAUCAGCAGUACGCCCAAAGCUAUCAGCAGCGAAUGAUUCCUAUGAACGGUAUGAAUGGGAUGAACCCUAUGAACAACAUGGCUAACAUAAGUAUGGGAAAUAUGCACAAUUCAAUGAUGGGAAGCAUGCCAGGAAAUAUGGGCCCAAAAAUGGGAGGACCCGCCAAUAGUUCCAUGUACCCCAGAAGAAUGACCCCCUAUCCGUCACCGGCGAUGCAUAUGUCCCAGAAAAGGGUUCCCCAAUCUUACCCCACGCCCGGUCCUAGUCCAAAUAUGAAUCCUAAUUUAAACCCUAAUUUAAAUCCUAACAUGAGUCCAAUGAAUCCUAAUAUGAAUCCUAAUUUUAGUCCAAACGGACAGUAUCCUACUUACGCCUCACGGCAGCCCACUUUCCAAACUCAGUAUCCUACGCAACAAAGUAUAGGUCCUUCCGGCAAUUUCGGAGCGGGAACUAUGACCCCUGUUAGAAAUACCAGUAGUCUAAGGCAGGCAACCCCUCCUUACACAACUCAGGGACAGUACUUUUCUAAUGGUUCGAUGGGUCAGUUUCAUAGCAAUAAUUCUGGCCAGUAUAUGAGCGGCGGCGCUGCAGCGCAAUAUGGCAAUACCGGUAGUCAAUUCCAACAAGAUAUGGGCAUGAGGAAUAAUAUGAGUUACCAACACAGUCCAAUUCCGGGCAAUCCGACGCCACCUUUAACCCCAGCGAGCAGCAUGCCACCGUACAUUAGUCCUAACCCCGAUGUAAAACCUAGUUUUAAUGAUCUAAAACCACCAAUACCAGUACAAAAUGACGAAUUAAGGCUGACUUUCCCAGUAAGGGAUGGCAUUAUUUUACCACCAUUUAGAUUAGAACACAAUUUGGCAGUAAGCAAUCAUGUCUUUCAACUGAAACCCACUGUACACCAAACACUUAUGUGGAGAUCAGAUUUAGAAUUACAACUUAAGUGCUUCCAUCACGAAGAUCGGCAGAUGAACACAAAUUGGCCGGCAUCUGUUCAGGUCUCGGUUAACGCCACUCCUCUUAUAAUUGAUAGAGGAGAAAACAAAACUUCCCACAAACCUCUCUAUCUUAAGGAAGUUUGUCAACCUGGUCGCAAUACAAUACAAAUUACAGUAUCUGCAUGUUGUUGCUCGCACCUCUUCGUGCUACAAUUAGUGCACAGGCCGAGCGUACGAUCGGUUCUUCAAGGCCUACUUAGGAAACGAUUACUAACAGCGGAUCAUUGUAUAGCGAAAAUUAAACGAAACUUUAGUAAUACGUCGGGUUCCGGAUCAAACUUAACAGAACGAGACAGAGAUGUAGUCGAACAAACUGCUUUAAAAGUUUGUCUCAAAUGUCCUAUUACUUUUAAACGAAUAACGUUACCUGCGAGAGGUCACGAGUGCAAACACAUACAGUGCUUCGACUUAGAAUCCUAUUUACAAUUGAACUGUGAAAGAGGCUCCUGGCGAUGUCCUGUGUGCAAUAAACCGGCACAAUUAGAAGGAUUGGAAGUGGAUCAGUAUAUGUGGGGAAUUCUUAAUACGUUAAGCAAUUCGGAGGUCGAUGAAGUUACUAUUGAUAGUUCAGCUAAUUGGAAAGCUGCUAAGAGUAUAACAUCGGGCAUUAAGAUGGAGGAAGAGAACGAGUCGUGCAGCUCUCGAAAACUAAACAAAGCAAUGUCGCCAGAAAGUAUGACGAUGCCCACGAUGAAUAAUUGGGAUAUUCCUCAGGCCAUGUCUCCCUAUAUACCUCCAGAUAUGAACAGUAUUGCGAGUGGGUCAAUGAUGAAUGGACCGUCGUAUAACAACUCGCGAACGAACCAGUAUGAAUAUGGUUCAUCGACAAAUCCUUCCAGUAACGAGUACACGGCAGGCACCGGUCCACUCUCACACCUGAGCGACUCUGUAAAUUCGCUUGAUCCACUGAAUGCAAUGGAGAAAAGUUUAAAUGAACAGGUAUACAAUAUGCCUCAUACACCUCACACACCUCAUACUCCACACACCCCACAUACACCAGGAGGAACUCCGGGCUCCGCGCACACUCCUGGUGGUGGAACGGGCCCGCCCAGCGUACCUCCUCCCUCCGAUAGUAGUCAUUUAAAUUCGAGUGGAAGCAAUGACAAGUGCGACAAUUCUGUUCCUGAAAUACCAUCCGAUCUUAACUUUGAUCCGGCCGCUGUUAUUGAUGGUGAGGGUACAGGCCAAGAAGCAUUAAAUUUACUCCCCGACAGUGUGGAUCCAAUGGAGCUCUUAUCGUAUUUGGAUCCACCCGAUUUAAACACACCGCCAUCGAGUGGGAGCAGUACAGGCCACGCGAAUACGACCACAAAUGAUGACAUUUUAGCACUGUUUGAGUAAGAUAAGUUCCUGUGCUUAACCCUCACACAUACCUAAAUAUGUGUGUAAUAAAGUGAGUGAACAAGUGUGAUAGAACUAUGAAAUGUGUUAAUUAUUGGAGUAAAGGUCUAAAUCAAAUUAUUUUUACUGUAUUAUUUGUAAAUACUUAAAAAAAACUAUGGCAUAAAAUAUUCCUUUCAUUGGUUAUUUAAACAGAGAACUUUAAAAGCAUUCUUAGUUUUUUAUUUUUUAAUUUGUCUUUUUCUUCCAAUAUAAAUAGAAAAGGUAGUAAAAUACUUAGUACAAUACAAAAUUGGAAGGAGGGAGUAUUAUGCAAUGUAUAUAUGUUGUAAUCGUAGUUAAAUAACGAAUGAAAUGAAUGCACACAUAACGGCCAGUUUAGUAUAGUAUUACUACUUAAAUAAUAAUAAGUAGGCUAGCUGUUGGAACCAAACGAUCUAGUGACAUAAUCCUAGUUGGCCGAUUAGCUGGCCUUUUGCAUCUUGAUGUGUAUUGGCUUCAAGUAUUAGUGCAUAAUUCAAUUCCGUGAACCUUGCAAGUACAGCACGUGUAUAGGUUUUGACAUUGUAAAAAUUUCGUAAGAUUUUCACAUUGUUAUGGAACCUUUUAAAUCACAUUCUCAUGCAUCAAUUCACUUCAAGAAAUACGAAUAUUUGCAAAUGUGAACUCUCCUGACUGUGAUAAAAAAUAUAUACUUAGUUCAUUAUUUCUCCAAUUUUUGUAACUCCUAAAAUUUAUCAUUUAUCGUACAUAUGAUGUUUUAGUUUGUUUAUAUGGAAUCAAAGUUUUUGAGUGUUUUGUGCAUGAUGUCGACGUUGAUUAUAAAAGUUUACAUAAACGAAACUGAAUGUUGUUAAGUUUGUUAUUGGGUAAAUUUUUUAUUUAAAUGUUUUUGUGUACAAGUUUGUAUCGUGUGGGUUUAAUUGUGUUCAAAUUCUGAAAAUGUUUCUUUAGAGCUAGUGUAAUUUUUUCAGACAUUGCAUUUGGUUUAGAUACAUGUACGAAAAGUAUCGUUGGAUCUUUUUAACUGUAAUCCUUAAACAUCAUGUGAUAUUAAAAUACAGUUUAAGUUGAAUUAAAAGUUGUCUUUUUUUAUAAACCUUUACACGUGUAGAAUUUCACUUGCAUACGAUUUAUAAUGACAAAACAGUCUGUGGUGUGUUAAUUUGUAAUGUAGGGUCCAAGUUCCUAAAAAGUAUUCUUUUUUAUUAUUGUUAAAGUAAGAAUGAUGAAGGUUCAUCGGAAUUGAACAUUUCUAUUGCCAAAAGUAAAUCUCAUUCUAAAUUUAAACUUAGACAAACAUGUAUGUAUGACAUGUAUGUUAGUAGCCAUAUGUAGCGAAUUUUUUUCAGUCGAAAAAUCAUUUAUUUAAAGUUUCCAGUUAGAAGUAUAUAAAAGAAAAAUGUUCCAAAUGUAUAAAAUUUUCGAUCAUUCAAACCUCGGUAUAAAAUUUUGCCAAUAAUUUUUUUUUAAUUUACUAUUUUUAUUAUGGGUACAAUUAGCAUUCGCAAUUUAAGUGGGAUUCAAUUUUACCUUAGACCAAUUGGUAACAUAUCAUUUUAAAGAGAAAUUUUACAAUUCAUUGGCAAUCGUCACAUUUAUGGCACCACAUAAUAUUGUUUGGACCAAGUAACAUAAAAUGUCCCUUUUCACAAUGAUUUUGCGUUCGUUGAUUCCAU